AUGGCGGCGACCACCGGGCCUCAUUCUGGAGAGAAUGAGGAUGAUCCCUCCAUGAUCGAUGCCUAUUUGCAUGAGGAUGACUUUUCGCCGCAUGAUACCUCCCCCGCAGAUCAUAAAUCUAAUCAGUCCUUACCGAUGCAGAAGAGGCGACGAGUCGGUCGCGCCUGUGACGAAUGCCGUAGAAAGAAGAUCAAAUGUGACGGGAAACAACCCUGCACUCACUGUACGGUCUAUAGUUAUGAAUGCACGUAUGAUCAGCCCUCCAACCGUCGUCGCAAUCCAGCCCCGCAAUACGUCGAAGCCCUCGAGGCCCGUAUGCACAAGGCUGAAGCUCUUCUCCGAUCCAUUCUUCCUGAUAUCAAUCUCGAUGACCCACAGCUGGACGUACAAGCCACUGAGCAGCGCCUCAUCGCUGCGCAGAAGGCGAAACAGCCGACCGGGCCACCCGCGCCGAAGCCACCCGCGGGGCCAGUCGAGCCAACCCCUGAGGGUGGGGACGAGUCACUGCUAGAGACCAUGGUCGACAACUCUGGCUGUUUAGAUCGCGAUGACCAGGGUCACUGGGAUUAUCAUGGCCAUACGUCGGGCAUCAUCUUUGUCCGCCGUCUGCGCAAACAGCUCGGUGCCGCCGAUAUGCCUAUCACACGAACGCACGGCCUUGCACAAACGCUCGAAAGCCCCAAAUCGGUUUCAGAUUCACCACAAGACUCGGCAUUGCCCCCGACGCACGAUCUGCCUCCCCGGGUGGUGGCACGACGCUUGUGUCACAAUGCGCUCGAUGACGCCUGCAGUUUGAUGCGUUUCGUGCAUGAGCCAUCUUUCUUUGCUAGCCUCGAGCGCAUUUAUGACAAAUCACCUGAACAAUACACAAACGAAGAGAACUCAUUUUUGCCGCUUCUGUUUAUCGUUAUGGCAGUAGGAUGUUUGUUCUCGGACGACGGAGUGGGUACACUCGACGUAGCUGGGUACGAAGGUGCCAUCGGUCAAGGAUUCCAAUUUUUCAAGGCUGGGCGGCAGCUUUUGGAGGUUACAGAUUGCCGAGAUCUGACUUCGUUGCAAGCUAUUUGCUUCAUGGUUCUAUUCCUUCAAUCCUCUGCCAAACUUAGUACGUGCUAUUCAUAUGUGGGGAUCGCGCUCCGCUCGGCACUACGAUUGGGCUUGCACCGCAAUGUAGUAGCGGACUUCAAUCCGAUUGAGCGAGAGCUGCGUAAGCGCAUAUUCUGGGUGGUACGGAAAAUGGAUGUCUAUGUCAGCACGUUACUGGGUCUUCCGCAGAUGCUGAGCGACGAUGAUAUUGACCAAGAGCACCCCUUGGAAAUUGACGGAGAGUUUAUUACCGCAGAGGGGAUCAUGCAGAUGCCCACAGAUUAUACCCCUCUAAUGGCCGGUCCAAAUGCACAUACCCGCCUUUCCAACAUUAUCUUGAAGGUGGUAAAGUACAUUUACCCGGUGAAAAACGCGCGUUAUCGCUCCAAGUUUGAUCAGCGAUAUAUGGUCAGCCACUCUAAGAUCCGCGAAAUCGAGCGCGAUCUUCAAAAUUGGAUGGAGGAACUGCCCCCAGCUCUCCGCCCCGGUACAGAGGUGUCCCCUCAGCUUGAAAGGAUUCGUCAGUUGCUCCGCAUCAGCUAUGCUCACGUGCAGAUGGUCAUGUACCGUCCAUUCUUACACUACGUAUCUGGUGGAUCUCAAGCGCGUGGCGUCGACAAGCGUUCUUAUGCCUGUGCUGCGGCUUGCGUCAGUGUGUCCCGCAACAUCGUUCACAUCACGACCGGGAUGCACAAGAGGGGACUUCUUAAUGGAUCUUUCUGGUUCACCAUGUACACAACCUAUUUCGCCAUCCUUUCCUUGAUAUUCUUCGUGGUUGAGAACCCUGAUUCUCCCACGGCCAAAGAUGGCGUUCUCAAGGAUGCCAUGGAGGGUAAAGCCACCCUGGCUGGCCUAGCCAAGAAAAGCCUGGCGGCGGACCGCUGCUCUCAGAGCUUGACUUGCUUGUUCAAGACCUUGCCAGAGAUGUUGAAGAAUCGCCAGAGCUCCAAGACACCAGUGAAUCUCAAGCGACCAGCGCCAUCUAGCAUUUCCGCAGAGCCAGAGCAGAUCAAGGUUUCAUCAGAGCAAACCACCUUGCCUCAUCGCUCAAGCACAUUCCCCACCCAGAUGAUGCAACAGUCUCCAAUGUUGGACCCUUCCAGCCGUCGACAAAAGAGCCUGGAUACCACCCAGGCCAUGAACAAUCGCCCUUCUGACAACGGUAACCAGUCGGCCUGGAUGGCCUCCACUCCUGAGCUGUUGACAGAAACUAUGGCCACACCGGAACCCAUGACAACCACCUCGAUGAACGCCUCGAUGGCCAACCAAGAACCGUCGAGUAUGGCGUGGUCGCAGCAGUUUACUAAUCCGAGCAACCUUCCGGAUCUCAUGCCUAUCAUGUUCCCCUCCGACGACCCUUUCGCGUAUCCCACUCAGCCCAUGUCCACUCUGGAAGAUGACCACUUCCGAAAUGAUCAUUCAGGCAUCUCUUCCGCCCAGUACCCAUACGACUCAGCCUCAACAGGCAUGGUGAACUCACCGAGUGACCCAAGUGUUACCACUCCAGGAUUUGACUUUACGAACCUCCCCGGUUUUGGGACAUCUGGGAUCAAGUCAUCAGUGCCCAGUCGCCUUCAUGCUCCUCCACAAUCAUUGACAUCGCCUCGCGUCCACUCUCCAAUCUCCCAAAGCCAUACCCCGACCGAGGCUCUAAGCAGUCCUGACCUGGUUUCCAUUCCUAAUCAGAACUUCGUUUGGCAAGGUUAUAACUUCCAACCGACAAACGGGAACAUCGCCCCUGAUCAGCCUAUGCAGCAAGAGCCGUCUACCAGUGGGGUCCCGGACUUCAACAUGGGUCUUGAUGAGAAUAAUAUGGGCAUGAACAUGGAUCUGGGCAUCUCAUUUGAUGACCUGUUCGGGAACAACACCACCUGCCGCCCUGGUAACGGCGCAACCAACGAUGAGUGGACCCAGUGGAUGAAUGCCGGGGUAUAA